GAGAUCGUGAACCUGAGAACAACGCGUGAGCCUUUGACGUCUUGGAGCCGAUUGUCCGAGAUCUUCGCUGGUCUAGAAAUAGUCCCUACCCACCCGCGCUUGUUCUUCAGCCAUGACUGAGUCAGCACGCCCAAAGGCCUUCUGGCCGAAGCAGAUGAUACCGCCCACGCCCGAAAGCUUCAAAGAACUGGCAAGAGACGGCGGGGAACGACUGGCUGCAGUCUCUCUGGCACAAAUCCCGGCUAUUCCGGCCGGCGCCAAAAUCCAUGACAAUGGCUGCGGAUCUGGUGCUGCGACUACCGUCAUCAUGGCCUCGGUGCCUCCAGAGGUAGCAGCCUCUAUAAGCAUCACGGGCACAGAUAUUUCGAGAGGCGCGGUGGACUCGUAUCGCGCUCGGGCGGCGGCCUCGUCAUGGCCUGCCGAAGGGCUCGUCAUGGACGCCGACUCGCUCUCAUUCCCAGACGAGACCUUUACUCACAGCUUCGGCAAUGCGAUGAUCUUUGUGGGCCCGCGAAACAACGGCGUCGAUGCAGUCAAGGAGAUGUAUCGCACGCUCAAACCUGGGGGGACGCUCCUCUUGAACUGUUUCGGCCAUAGCUGUGUGCUUGAACCUAUCCGUGAGGCAUCUCGAGCGACCCGCCCGGAUGGCAUAUUGCCGCAGUGGAAUUCGUUCGAAGAGUGGACGGAUCCUAGCUUCAUAGCCGGCAUUGUGGAGGCUGGUGGGUUCGAAAAAGAGGCUAUCAAGGUGGAACAAUGCCACAUGUUUGUGAAUGUCGGGAACUACGAGCGAGCCACGACGUUACUCUGGAGUAUGAGGGGAAUGCCAAGCGGGGGAUGGAGCGAAGAAGAUGAAGAGAAGUGGGAUGAGGCAGUCGACAUUAUAAGACGCGAGUUACAACAGACGGAAGGGUUCAUAAUGCACGAUGAUGGUACUGCAGAACUCAAAUAUGCCGUUCAUGUUCUUACCGCGACCAAAUAAGCGGCGCUUGCUUUGCAGAGAGAAAAUUAGGGGCUUAUAGAUUGAGAUGAUGGUUAUUCAGCAAAAGCGUGAUGACUUAAUGAGCGAAUCAUAAAUACAUGUACACAGAUUUACACAAUGAUUCAAGAGUCUCAGAAGACGAAUACAAAACAAGUAUGUCAAGUCUCAUCACAACCGCAGCCAAAGGCAGGGCGUUUAGCAAGCUUCAUGUAUUAAAUCAUUGUCUAAUAAAAUUAACUGCUGGUUAUUACAACAGAUCCCGGUAGAUGUAUCAU